ACCUGAAGAAUAUAUGUCAUUUAUCUUUUACGUAUUCGUAGGCAUGUAAAUAAUAUGAAAUAUAUUUUUUACAAAUUCUUUUCGUUAGUAUUGGUUAGUUGUGGUUUUUAUAUACCUACUAAAGACAGAAAUCGGUAAUUUACUGAUUUAUGAUUUUACUUCGACAGCCAAGUUGACCCGUUGAUUCGUCGUGAGUAUUUAUCUAUGCCCUUGAUAGUAUAAGAAGAAUGGUGGAAGCAGGAAACAAGCAAGAUUUAUUUGAAUGUAAAUAUUUUGUCAACAAAAUUAAGUAAUAUGUUGUCCAUUCAACAAUAUGAAAGCAGCGAUGAAGAGAAAGAUCAUUCGUCGCAAUAUUCUUCGCCAGUGGUAAAUCCAGAAUUCUCCGUUAAAAGUCAGCUUCAAAUAUGCGCGGCACCAAUAGUGCUUCCGUCAGCUAUCGACGAAGAUAAAAUCCACAUUCAUCCGGAUGCACAAGAACUAUCGUACAAUCCAAAAUAUGAAGAAUUGUUUGCCCCAGUCGUUGGCCCCACAAAUCCAAAUAAAACUCAGCAACAAUCUGUUGAAAGAAAUAUGCUCUCUGGUUAUGUUGAACCAGCUCAUUUAAGCGAUUUUCAGUUUGAGAAUCAACGUAGAACUUUUGCUAGUUUUGGGUAUGCCCUAGAUCCUUCAGUAAGUACAGAUUCUGAAGGUGUCAAGGUAGUAGGAAGUACAGAGGAAGCAAACAAUACAAAUAUCAAGACAGUUUUUGAGAAUACCAAAUUAAGACCUCUAGAUAAAAGAAAACGUAGGAAAAACGAUGACCCUAGUGACAUUGAAGGGUUUUUAGGACCGUGGGGUGGAUUUGUUAAUGAAGAGAGGGUAGCUAAACCUACGGAAGAAGAACAGGCCGAGCUCGAUGAGCUUGUUUCAAAGAAAUCCAAAAGAGGCAAAGUUGUUGAAGAAAAAACGUUUGAGGAAAAAUCUGUGCUACACAUUAAAGAUCCUGUGGAUUAUCAAGGGCGAUCCUUUUUACAUGCGCCACAAGAUGUGGGAGUUAAUUUGCGUUCCGAUACACCACCAGACAAGUGUUUCUUGCCCAAAGCUCAUAUUCACACAUGGACGGGGCACACUAAAGGUGUGGCAGCUAUUAGGUGGUUCCCAAAAACUGCACAUUUGUUUCUGUCGGCUAGUCUGGAUUGCAGGAUAAAAUUAUGGGAAGUGUACAAUGAGAGAAGAUGUGUUAGGACUUACUAUGGCCAUAGACAAGCUGUACGGGAUAUCAACUUUAACAAUUCAGGAAAGCAUUUCUUGUCAGCUGGAUAUGAUAGAUAUAUCAAGCUGUGGGAUACUGAAACUGGGCAAGUUAUAUCUCGCUUUACUAGCCGAAAAAUCCCUUACUGCGUUAAGUUUAACCCCGACCGAAACAAACAGCACCUUUUCGUGGCUGGCACAUCUGACAAAAAGAUAAUCUGUUGGGAUACACGGUCCGGGGAUAUCGUUCAGGAAUACGACAGACAUCUGGGAGCAGUCAACACUGUCACUUUUGUAGAUGAUAACAGGAGAUUUGUUACUACAUCAGAUGAUAAAUCAUUGAGGGUCUGGGAGUGGGACAUUCCCGUGGAUAUGAAGUAUAUCGCCGAUCCGACAAUGCACAGCAUGCCUGCCGUAACCCCAGCACCCAAUGGUAAAUGGCUGGCAUGUCAAAGCAUGGACAAUAAAGUGGUAAUCUUUUCUGCCAUGAAUCGAUUUAAAAUUAACAGAAAUAAAACAUUUUCUGGUCACAUGGUUGCCGGAUACGCUUGCCAGUUGGAUUUUUCUCCAGACAUGAGCUACUUGGUGUCCGGAGAUGCCGACGGAAAGUGUUACAUAUGGGAUUGGAAAACGACAAAAUUGUACAAGAAGUGGAAGGCUCACGAAAACGUGUGUAUCAGCGUUUUAUGGCAUCCCCAUGAACCCAGCAAGUUAAUGACCGCCGGUUGGGAUGGCCUGAUCAAAUAUUGGGACUAAAUUGAAUCGAUUAUUUAAGAAGUGUUUGUAUAUACAUAAAGUUGUAAAAUAUUAUAUGUGUCAAAGUAUUUUAUUAAAAAAA